AGCAUAUUGUGAUGUGUGAGUAAGACGGCAGACAGACAUCACUAUAACUACACUACACUACUAGACUCGUUACUGCGCGUUACGUACUUUACGUAUCACGUCUAUUACACUGACUGCACUCCGGUAAUGAAUGGGUGCGUUGGAGGCCCCGCCUUUUCCGGUGGUCACACUGACCAAUGAAAGCGCACAAUGCAGCGCAAUGGGAUGUAACGUAAUCCGCCGUCGUGUCGGGAUCGGAAUGUAAGAGUGUAACAAUCGGAACAACUGAGCAAAUGGUGAUUAGGAAGGAAAACCGGACUGAGCAACUUCCUGACGAUCCUCCAGCGGUACGAGACGUACAAAGUGUCCUGGCUGUUUAUCAUCAUCAUCAUCACCAUCAUCUCUCUGCCUCUGUCCUGUGGUCCACAUCAAAGGAUUCAUUUAUUGCGCGUGACGAUCGGACGCACGCGAGGAAAAGAGUAGAAUGCAGGGAUUCGUGAGAUUAGUGAGAUUUGGAUGAAGUGACCUCCACCUUUUAGAGACUGGGAAGGAAUUAACGGAGGUGUGAGGACAGCUGGAGUAACACAGAAACAGAUUAAUCCUCUGUCGAUGUGUUAGUGCACUUCACAGUAUCAUCAUUAUCAUCAUCGGUUUUUUUAAUCCACUGGGAUUAAAAGUUAACCCUGCGACGCGCCGAAUGGAAGUUCAGAGAUAACCAGAACCAAAGUGAGAUUUUAAUGGGAAGGAAAUCGGUGAGUCCGGGUUUGUUUUACAGCACAGAGAGAUAUGGGGCGCUUUAAAAUGCUCCAACUAGACAGUCGCGGGAGAGAGAGAGGGAAUAACCGGUAAAGUCGCCCACAUGCGCUGGAACAGCGGUUCGGCACGGGAUCGGUAUCCGAAGCAGAGGGAAGCUCAGGCGGCUCGGGAAUCCUGGCAGGCUGGAAGAUGGCGGAGCGGCGUGACAGUAGCCGUAGGCGGUGAGAGCCAAACUUCGAGAUUUGUUCGCAGACGUUCGCAGGGCCCGGCUCUUAGGACCCAUGCAGGCCAAAAAGCGCUACCUGGUUUCGCUGCUUACCGGCGCCUUCCUGCUCCUGCUCUUUUACUUCGGGGGCGUCCCGGUGUCCACGGGCGUAAAGAGCCGGCAUGAGCGCAGCCGUCACGGCCACCGGCGCACUGAGCAGCCGUGGCCACACUUCUCCGACCCCUUAAACUCCUUCAGUCCGUGGGACCAUACCGACACGGAGGAGUACAAUAUCCACACGUCUCCCAGGCAAAAGCGGGACGUACACGCCAGCGUGUAUAAGGGCAAGCGCUGUCGCAUGGACUCGUGCUUCGAUUUCUCGUUAUGUCGCCCGAACGGCUUCAAGGUGUACGUGUACCCGCAGCAGAAAGGCGAGAAGAUCUCCGAGAGCUACCAGAACAUUUUGGCUACUAUUGAGACCUCCCGCUUUUACACGUCCGACCCGAGCCAGGCGUGCGUAUUCGUGCUGAGUUUGGACACGUUAGACCGGGACCAGCUCUCCCCGCAUUAUGUGCACAACCUGCGCGCCAAGGUGCAGGGCCUGCCGCUGUGGAACGACGGCAGAAACCAUCUGAUCUUCAACUUGUACUCGGGCACCUGGCCAGACUACACGGAGGACCUGGGAUUUGACAUCGGCCAGGCAAUGUUAGCCAAGGCCAGUAUCAGCACAGAGACCUUUCGGCCACACUUUGACGUGUCCAUCCCACUUUUCCCCAAGGAGCAUCCAAAAACUGGUGGUGAGAGGGGAUACCUCAAGUACAACACUAUCCCACCAUUUAGGAAGUACAUGCUUGUGUUCAAGGGCAAGCGCUAUCUCACUGGUAUUGGCUCGGACACAAGGAACGCUUUGUAUCAUGUUCAUAAUGCUGAAGAUGUGGUUCUGUUGACCACCUGCAAACACGGGAAAGACUGGCAGAAGCACAAGGAUGCACGCUGUGAUCGGGACAACGCAGAGUAUGACAACUCUUUCCCUUCGCUCUGUGGGGAAAUCAAGAUGGAUGAAGGCAGUAUUGCCAGACAGUUAAUAUACACUGUGCAGAUGGGAUAUGACUACCGUGAAAUGCUUCACAACUCCACCUUCUGUCUGGUGCCGCGAGGACGGCGAUUGGGCUCCUUUCGCUUCCUGGAAGCAUUGCAGGCAGCCUGUGUGCCAGUCAUGCUAAGUAAUGGUUGGGAGCUUCCCUUUUCCGAAGUCAUCAACUGGAACAUGGGCGCUGUGAUCGGAGACGAACGGCUCCUGCUGCAGAUCCCCUCCACAGUGCGCUCCAUCCAUCAGGAUAAGAUCUUGGCUCUGAGGCAGCAGACUCAGUUCCUGUGGGAGGCCUACUUCUCAUCAGUGGAGAAGAUUGUACUUACCACCCUAGAAAUCAUUCAGGACCGGGUUCUACAGCACACAGCACGCAGUAGUGUGAUGUGGAACACUCAUCCCGGAGGUCUCUUCACUCUGCCUCACUACUCCUCCUAUCUAGGUGACUUCCCGUUCUUCUAUGCCGGCCUCGGGAUCAGAACAUUCCCCAGGUUCACUGCGGUCAUCCAUGCCGUCACCCCGCUGGUGUCUCAGUCUCAGCCCAUACUCAAGCUCCUGACAGCCGUUGCCAAGUCUCAGUACUGCGCUCAGAUUAUUGUAUUGUGGAAUUGUGACAAGCCCUUACCUGCCAAGCACCGAUGGCCUGCCACCUCUGUGCCCGUCAUAGUCAUUGAAGGAGAGAACAAGGUGAUGAGCAGUCGCUUUCUGCCUUAUGAGAGCAUCCUUACUGACGCUGUGCUGAGUCUGGAUGAGGACACGGUGCUCUCGACCACAGAGGUGGAUUUUGCCUUCACAGUUUGGCAAAGUUUCCCUGAGAGGAUUGUGGGAUACCCUGCGCGCAGUCAUUUCUGGGACAGUAAUAAGGAGCGUUGGGGAUACACUUCCAAAUGGACCAACGAUUACUCAAUGGUUCUGACUGGAGCCGCCAUCUACCACAGAUAUUACCACUACCUAUACACCCACUUCCUGCCCAGCAGUCUAAAGAACAUGGUGGACCAGCUCGCUAACUGUGAAGACAUCCUGAUGAACUUCUUGGUGUCGGCCGUCACAAAGCUGCCACCCAUCAAAGUGACACAGAAGAAGCAGUACAAGGAGACCAUGAUGGGGCAGUCAUCCCGGGCGUCUCGCUGGGCAGAUCCUGACCACUUCGCCCAGCGUCAGACCUGCAUGAACAAAUUCGCCAGCUGGUUUGGCUCGAUGCCUCUGGUCCAUUCGCAAAUGAGACUGGAUCCGGUUCUGUUUAAAGAUCAGGUCUCCAUCCUCCGCAAGAAAUACAGGGAAAUCGAGCGCCUCUGACCAGACGAGCGCCCCCUACUGAGCGUGCAGCAGGGGGCAGCGGGAUACUCUGUGGAAAGCAGGAGGACACAGGCACAAGGAGUCUGAGGCGGUCACUCCUCCACUUUUUUCCACUGUUAGUGAACUGUUAGUGACUAGUCUGGCAGAUUGUGAGCACUCUCUGGGCUCUUUCAUACAUACACACCCAAAGUCAACUUUUGACCACAAGACUGAAAAAAUGUUUUAUUUUGUUUUAUUAUUAUUAUUAUUAUUUUUUGCCGUAACGGACAGACGAUCCUAGCCAGCACAUGAGAGGAUAUGGGAGAAGACAGGAGGGAUGCAUCAGUGUGUCUUCACACCUUCACAUCUACAUAAAGAUACAUCAGGAUCUGAACCACAACUCAUCCUCAGCUCCCACUUUCAGAACAUUUCUAUACGUCCGUCUCGUUCUUCACGUCUUGCACACGAAGUCCUGGAGAAUCGAUUGUUCGUACUCGUACACAUCACAUAUCUUAUAACAUUUGCUAAUUGUCUUAUUCCAGUCUUUUGUUCAUUUCAGUACUAUAAAUAAGCAGUAUACAUGUUUUACAGGAAGAAAUCACACGAUCUGAAUUCACUCUUUUAUAGUAACCGAGAGGAAUUGUGCAAGCAUUUUUUUUCCUUUAUUAUUCUCAUUGCCAGGGUCUAAAAGGAAUCGUUUCUUUUUGCAUUCCUUUAGUGCCAAAAUUACUAAUUGCCUUUUACAUGCGACAACAGACUUCUACACAUUUGAAUUUAUUUCACCACUUCUAAAAUGUAUAUUGUCUCACGACAAGCCGAAUUUUGUGGGCGAAUCGAGGCGUCUCUCUUGAUUAAACGCGCGUGCGAAGUACUCGUAAAGCACUCGGUGCCGAUCGGGACAAGAUCUGUUGUCUAUUUCAGGCCAAAUUCCACCGAGCGGUUUCUUUCGUCUUUUUCUGCAUACCUGUAGAAGAAUGAGCGGCAGGCCGGAGACAUGGCACGGCCUCGUCGUUCGGCAUUUAUCGUCUUCAGCAGGAUGUACAAAACGUCUUUAUCCAUUUACUUGCUAAUCUCCACGCACCAUCUGGACACACACGUGUUUAUUUAUUUUAUUUUAUUUUUUAAUUUAAAGUAAAACUCGCAUCCUGUGUCACUGAUUUCCUCUCAUAGGAGUGGUUAGAUGAUGAUGAUGAUCAUGAUCACACCUUGAUCUCACACGUCUCUGCAGUACUAUAUAUCGUUAAGUGUUUCUGUCGAAGAAGAGCUCUUCACCCUUCCUCUCGUACAGGUUUCUGAAUGUGUGAUGACUUGAAGGAGCAGCAUGCUUUAGUGGCCUUUGUUUUUUUUGUUGUUGUUUUUUUUUGUGAAGGUGACUGGUCUUAAAUUGAGCCAGCAGUGAGCCAAAGCACCCCCCACCCCCCUUUACCACAGCGACCAUUACAACCGUUAAACAACUGAUGCUCUUAUCUUGCAGUCCCUUAAACACUACAUGACAUUUUUGUGUUCAACAUUCAAAUUUCUAAUAUUCCCAUACUAGUUUUUUUUUUCAUAGCCAAGCUCUGUGAAUGCCAGGUUUGUUUUUUAUUGUUCUGUUUUGUAUUCUUUACUUUUCCAGACUAUUUACGUUUACAUUUGUAUUUGUAAUUAUCAACGCAAUUCCAGACAGUUUUAGGUAAUUGAGCAGAAAAUUAAAACACCCCAAAGCAAAUGGGAAUCUCUUCUGUAUGUAUUUGUGUCUGCAGUCUAUAAUGUGUCUUAACCAUCUUGACAUGGGAUUUUAGCAGAAUCCAUUAUUCCCGGUGAUGAGGCUAUGAUUUGCAGCACCAUGUGUUAUGAAUGCAGAGUAAAGACAAUUUUCCAGAAGGUUUAGCCUUGUUUAAUUUUCUGUCUAGCUUUUUAACAUGACAGAUGAUGGUAAUUAAAGAGUAAAAGCUCAUUUGGCUGGCAGGAAACACUGACACACGUCUGGGGAACUGCUAAGUUCGGUAAACCCUCUUAAUUUCCAUAUCGAACCUUAUCUACGAUUGUGAAUUGUCAUCACAGAUAACAUGACAUUUUCAUUUCCCACUCGGUACUCUGAUGAAACUUGCCGUUUGAUGAACGCAGCCUUGCUGUACAUAACCUGUAUUUAUUUUCUUGCGUAUGUAUAGUAUUCGGACGCUCGCACCGACUGGUCAGGACCUUCUGACGUUUGUAUAGCAUCCAACAACAACACACACACAAAAAAAAAGAGAGCGUUUUGUCUACGGUGUCCUUUUUGUUUCGUUCUAACUCAGUGAUAAAAAAAAAACUGUCCAGCUUGUAGUGUUACUCCCAUGGCCUGUAACUUUGGGAUGAUUAUGAAUGCAUACAUUGUGACUUCAUACGGUGUUAACGAUUUGUUCGGACAAUUUUUUUAUUUUUUUCAUAGUUCACUGGCACCUUUAUUUUUAUUUGUAUUUUUUCCAAGGCUCGGGCUGCUGCCGCUGCUGCUGUGUAACCUGCCACCAAAGACUUGUGCUAACCAGCAGCCAUAAGGAAACUGAUUUUCUCCAGCUAAUCUUUUUUUUUUUUACUUUUACUUCCUACGUUUUGUACCAUGUUCGGCUCGAAGAAUUCUGUUCCCGAGAUCCUUCCUUUAUAAAACUAGAACUAGCGUCAUAUAUGAAUGAAUUCUUUUUUUUUUUUAAAGCUCCUGCAUAACUUUGAUUAGCAAUAAGUAAAAACAGCACUUAGAAUCGUGAGCAGGCUUGAGCGGUGACCUUUGCCUGAUUGUGCCUUUUUGAUUUAAUUUGAGCUCGGAAUUAAUGACCGUUCAACGUUAAUAAAGAAGGGAAAAGUGUGUUAAAACGUAACCCCGCCACAUUAAGCAGCUUCGUGUUCUCUUUCACAGGAGAGCUCUCGCUUGUUCGGUUUAACGUCUGCAGCCUUGCAUGACCACUUCAGGCUAUUUACUUACAUCAGCAUCUGAGAACUUUUUUUUUAAUAAAAAAAAAAAGGAACAAACAAACAUUAUGACUGCAUCCUCCUGUCCACCCUCCUUUCUCCUGUAAUUAACAGAAGUUUUUUUAUAGAGAUGAUAAAGAAAAUAGAAUAAUGCCAAUUUUGUAUGAAUGAUUUAUAAGAAAAUGAAUAAAAGUCAUAUUUGAUGGUA